UGCCUCGCGUCGCCGCCAGCCACCAAAGCCGGCAGGAGGGAGGGGGUGGGAGAAGCGAGGGGGAGGGGUGAGGAGCACCAUGCAGUUAGUAUCCUGUGCCACACUGCUAACGCUCCUGGUGUCGGACCUGGCUGUGAUGAGGAGCCCUGUCGCCGCGGCGGCAGUGCGCAAGGACAGGCUGCACCCGAGGCAAGUGAAAUUAUUAGAGACUCUGAGCGAAUAUGAGAUCGCGUCUCCCAUCCGAGUGAACACCCUCGGGGAACCCUUUCCCACGAACGCGCACUUCAAAAGAAAGCGACGAAGCAUUAACUCUGCCUCUGACCCCUGGCCUGCCUUUGCCUCCUCCUCGGGGUCUUCCUCUACCUCUUCCCAGGCGCAUUACCGCCUCUCAGCCUUCGGCCAGCAGUUUCUAUUUAAUCUCACCGCCCAUACCGGAUUUAUCGCUCCACUGUUCACUGUCACCCUGUUUGGAGAGCCAGGGGUGAACCAGACCAAACUGUAUUCCGAAGAGGAAAUGGAACUUAGGCACUGUUUCUACAAAGGCCAUGUCAAUACCAAGUCCGAGCACACUGCGGUCAUCAGCCUAUGCUCCGGAAUGAUGGGCACAUUCCGGUCCCACGAUGGAGAUUAUUUUAUUGAACCACUGCUGUCUGUGGAUGAGCCAGAGGAUGAAGAGGAACAAAACAAACCCCACAUUAUUUAUAGACAUAGUACCCCUCAGAGGAAGCCCUCAACAGGAAGGCGUGGCUGUGACACCUCAGAACCGAAAAAUAGUCACAGUAAAGACAAGCAGAAAACCAGAAUGCAAAAACGGAGAAAGCGGAACAGCCUGGCCGACGACGUGGCACUUUUAAAGAGCGGCUUGGCAACAAAGGUGUUCUCUGGUUACAGCACCAAGACAAAUGGCACAAGGGACAGGAAGAACCACAAAAGGACCAAACGCUUUCUGUCCUAUCCACGGUUUGUAGAAGUGAUGGUGGUAGCUGACCACAGAAUGGUUUUAUACCAUGGAUCAAACCUUCAACAUUAUAUCUUAACCCUGAUGUCAAUUGUAGCUUCUAUCUAUAAAGACUCAAGUAUUGGAAAUUUAAUUAAUAUUGUUAUUGUGAACUUAGUUGUGAUUCAUAAUGAACAGGAAGGACCUUCCAUAAAUUUCAAUGCCCAGGCAACAUUAAAAAACUUCUGCCAGUGGCAGCAUUCCAAGAACCACUUAGGUGGGAUACAGCAUGACACUGCUGUUCUUGUCACAAGGGAGGAUAUCUGCAGAGCUCAGGACAAAUGUGACACCUUAGGUCUUGCUGAAUUGGGAACCAUUUGUGACCCCUAUAGAAGUUGUUCCAUUAGUGAAGACAGUGGGUUGAGCACAGCUUUCACCAUAGCCCAUGAGCUGGGGCAUGUGUUUAAUAUGCCUCAUGAUGACAGCAAUAAGUGCAAAGAAGAAGGUGUUAAGAGCCCCCAGAACGUCAUGGCACCAACAUUGAACUUCAAUACCAACCCUUGGAUGUGGUCAAAGUGCAGUCGAAAAUACAUCACUGAGUUCUUGGACACUGGGUAUGGCGAGUGUUUGUUGAAUGAACCUGAAUCCAGAACCUACCCUUUGCCUUCCCAACUCCCAGGCCUCCUCUACAACGUGAAUAAACAAUGUGAAUUUAUCUUUGGGCCAGGUUCUCAGGUGUGCCCAUAUAUGAUGCAGUGCAGGCGGCUCUGGUGCAAUAACGUGGAUGGAGCACACAAAGGCUGCAGGACUCAGCACACGCCCUGGGCUGACGGAACGGAGUGUGAGCCUGGAAAGCACUGCAAGUUUGGAUUUUGUGUUCCUAAAGAAACGGAGGGCCCUGCGACUGAUGGAUCCUGGGGAAGUUGGAGUCACUUUGGAACCUGCUCAAGAACAUGUGGAGGAGGCAUCAAAACAGCCAUCAGAGAGUGCAACAGACCAGAGCCCAAAAAUGGUGGGAAGUACUGCGUAGGGAGGAGAAUGAAGUUCAAAUCCUGCAACACUGAGCCCUGCCUAAAGCAGAAGCGAGAUUUCCGUGAAGAGCAGUGUGCUCACUUUGAUGGCAAGCACUUUAACAUCAAUGGUCUGCUGCCCAGUGUGCGCUGGGUCCCUAAGUAUAGUGGAAUUUUGAUAAAGGACCGAUGUAAGCUGUUCUGCAGAGUGGCAGGGAGCACAGCCUAUUACCAGCUCCGAGACAGAGUGAUCGAUGGAACCCCUUGUGGCCAGGACACAAAUGAUAUCUGUGUCCAAGGCCUUUGCAGGCAAGCUGGAUGUGAUCAUAUUUUAAACUCAAAAGCCCGGAAAGAUAAAUGUGGGAUUUGUGGUGGCGAUAAUUCUUCAUGCAAAACAGUGGCAGGGACAUUUAACACAGUCCAUUAUGGCUACAAUACUGUUGUCCGAAUUCCAGCUGGGACUACCAGCCUUGAUGUGCGGCAGCACAGUUUCUCAGGGAAAUCCGAGGAUGACAACUACUUAGCUUUAUCUAACAGUAAAGGUGAAUUCCUGCUAAAUGGAGACUUUGUUGUCUCAAUGUCCAAAAGGGAGGUCCGUGUGGGGAACGCUGUGAUUGAGUACAGCGGGUCCGACAAUGUUGUGGAGAGACUUAACUCCACAGACCGCAUCGAGGAAGAACUUCUCCUUCAGGUGCUGUCAGUGGGAAAGUUGUACAACCCUGAUGUGCGGUACUCAUUCAAUAUUCCAAUUGAAGACAAACCCCAGCAAUUCUACUGGAACAGUCAUGGGCCGUGGCAAGCCUGCAGCAAGCCCUGCCAAGGGGAGCGGAGACGAAAGCUUGUGUGUACCAGGGAGUCUGAUCAGCUCACUGUUUCUGAUCAAAGAUGUGACCGACUGCCCCAGCCAGGACCCGUCACUGAAGCGUGUGGCACAGACUGCGACUUGAGGUGGCAGAUUGCCAGUAAGAGCGAAUGCAGUGCCCAGUGUGGUUUGGGAUACCGCACUUUAGACAUCUACUGUGCCAAAUACAGCAGGCUGGAUGGGAAGUCUGAAAGGGUUGAUGACGCUUUUUGUAGCAGUCAACCCAAACCAAGCAACCAGGAAAAAUGCUCAGGAGAAUGUAACACAGGUGGAUGGCGCUAUUCAGCUUGGACAGAAUGUUCUAAAAGCUGUGAUAGUGGUACCCAGAGAAGAAGAGCUAUCUGUGUCAACACCCGAAAUGACGUCCUGGAUGAUGACAAAUGCGCACAUCAGGAGAAAAUUGUCAUACAGAGAUGCAAUGAGUUCUCUUGUCCUCAUUGGAGAUCAGGGGACUGGUCAGAGUGCUUGGUCACCUGUGGAAAAGGACAUAAGCACCGCCAGGUCUGGUGUCAGUUUGGCGAAGAUCGAUUAAGUGAUAGAAUGUGUGACCCUGAGGUCAAGCCAGAGUCCAUGCAGACUUGUCAGCAGCCAGAGUGUGCGGCCUGGCAGGCAGGUCCCUGGGGACAGUGCAGUGUCACUUGUGGACAGGGAUACCAACUAAGGGCAGUGAAGUGCGUCAUUGGGACUUACAUGUCAGUGGUAGAUGACAGUGCCUGUAAUGCAGCAACUAGGCCUACCGAUACUCAGGACUGUGAAUUAUCAUCUUGUUACCGUCCCCUACCAGGUGUGGAACCAAGGAGAAGCACACACAGUGUGCCCAGAACCCAGUGGCGAUUUGGCUCCUGGACUCCAUGCUCAGCCACUUGUGGAAAAGGUACCCGGAUGAGAUAUGUCAGUUGUCGGGAUGAGGAUGGUUCUGUGGCGGAUGAGAGUGCCUGUGCUACCUUACCUAAACCAGUAGCCAAGGAAGAAUGUUCUGUGACACCCUGUGGACGGUGGAAGGCUCUAGACUGGAGCUCUUGUUCCGUGACUUGUGGGCAAGGUAAGGCAACCCGCCAAGUGGUAUGUGUCAACUACAGCGACUACGUGAUUGAUCGGAGUGAGUGUGACCCAGAUUAUAUCCCAGAGACCGACCAGGACUGUUCCAUGACACCAUGUCCUCAAUGGAUCCCAAGCAGAGGCAUUGUUCACCCAUAUCAAAACGAGGACUUCCAUCCCAGGAUUGACAGCCCUAGCCGCACCCACGUGCUUGGAGGAAACCAGUGGAGAACUGGCCCCUGGGGAGCGUGUUCUAGUACCUGUGCCGGAGGUUCCCAGAGGCGAGUUGUGGUGUGUCAGGAUGAAAACGGAUACCCUGCCAGUGACUGUGUAGAGAGAAUCAAACCUGAUGAGCAAAGAGCCUGUGAAUCUGGCCCGUGUCCCCAAUGGGCUUAUGGCAGCUGGGGAGAGUGUACGAAGCUGUGUGGUGGAGGCAUGCGGACAAGACUGGUGGUCUGUCAGCGUGCCAACGGUGACCGGUUCCCAGAUUUGAGCUGUGAAGUUCUUGACAAGCCUCCAGACCGUGAGCAGUGCAACACACAAGCGUGCCCACAAGAUGCUGCAUGGAGUACUGGCCCUUGGAGCUCGUGUUCUGUCUCUUGUGGUCGAGGGCAUAAGCAACGAAAUGUUUACUGCUUGGCAAAAGAUGGAAGCCAUUUAGAGAGUGAUUACUGUAAGCACCUUACUAAGCCACAUGGGCACAGAAGGUGCCGAGGAGGACGGUGCCCCAGAUGGAAGGCUGGCGCAUGGAGUCAGUGCUCUGUGUCCUGUGGCCAAGGCGUGCAGCAGAGGCAUGUGAGCUGUCAGAUCGGGACACACAAAACAGCCAGAGAGAGUGAGUGCAGCCCACACACCAGACCAGAGUCGGAGCGUGUCUGCCAAGCCUCACCAUGUCCUCUCUACACUUGGAGGGCAGAGCAAUGGCAAGAAUGCACCAAGACGUGUGGUGAAGGCUCCCGGUACCGACAGGUGGCGUGCGUAGCCGAGGACCAAAGCGAGGUGCACAGUGCACAUUGUGACUCUGACCAGCGUCCUCCAGACCGUGAGAGCUGCAGCCUGCAGCCCUGCGAGUAUGUGUGGAUCACAGGAGAGUGGUCUGAGUGUUCAGUGACCUGUGGGAAGGGCUACAGGCAAAGGCUGGUCUCCUGCAGUGAGAUUUAUACCGGCAAGGAGAAUUACGAAUACAGCUACCAAACCACGGUGAACUGCCCAGGCACACAGCCGCCAAGCGUCCAUCCCUGCUACCUGAGGGACUGUCCUGUCUCAGCCUCCUGGAGAGUUGGUAACUGGGGCAGUUGCUCAGUGUCCUGUGGUGUGGGAGUCAUGCAUAGAUCUGUGCAGUGUUUAACCAACGAGGACCAACCCAGCCACUUAUGUCCUGCUGGUCUAAAGCCAGAAGAACGAAAAACCUGUCACAAUGUUUAUAAUUGCGAGUUACCCCAGAACUGCAAGGAGGUGAAAAGACUCAACGGUGCCAGUGCAGAUGGUGAAUAUUUCCUGAUUGUUAGAGGGAAGCCCCUAAAGGUAUUCUGUGCAGGAAUGCAUUCCGACUAUCCCAAGGAGUAUGUGACACUGGCCCAUGGUGACUCAGAGAAUUUCUCCGAAGUUUACGGGCACAGGUUGCACAACCCAACAGAAUGUCCCUAUAACGGGAGCCGGCGGGAUGACUGUCAUUGUCGGAAGGAUUACACAGCUGCUGGCUUUUCCAGUUUCCAGAAGAUCCGCAUCGACCUGACCAGCAUGCAGAUCAUAACCACUGACUUAGAGUUCGCAAGGACAAGUGAAGGACAUCCUGUCCCUUUUGCCACUGCUGGGGACUGCUACAGUGCUGCCAAGUGCCCACAGGGGCGUUUUAGCAUCAACCUUUAUGGGACUGGCCUGUCUUUAACCGAGUCUGCCAGAUGGACAUCGCAAGGGAAUUAUGCCGUUUCGGACAUCAAGAAGUCUCCGGAUGGUACCCGGGUCGUUGGGAAAUGCGGCGGUUACUGUGGGAAGUGCACUCCGUCCUCUGGCACUGGCCUGGAGGUGCGAGUUUCAUAACCAAGAGGCUCUGAAGAGGAAGCCAUUAUGGAAUGGAUGAAGGAUAGUAAUUCAAUACCUCCACCUUAAAUUCGGGUGCAUCUGUGUGCGUGUGUGUGGACCUGUCUGCUUGUGUGUGUGAAUGCGUGUGUAUAUGUGUGUACAUAUGCAUAUAUAUAAAUAUAUAUAAAUAUAUAUAUAUACAGGUUGAGCAUCCCUUAUCCAAAAAUUUAAAGACUGAAACGCUCCAAGUUCUGAAACCUUCUGAGUCUCAGAAAAAGAUCUCAAGUGGAAAUUUCAGUGCCAUGAAACUUGGUUUCAUACACAAAAUUUGUUGAAGUACCAAACAAAAUUACAUUCCUGUCACGUAUGUUAAGGUACAUAGUAAACACUAAUGAGAUCCAUAUCCCAUGUUCUUGGGCGUGUAUUGCACUCUCCUGCUGCUUAAAAUCUAUACCAAAAUCUCCUAGUAAACCCCAACUCCAUUUAAAAGAAAGAAGCAUAAAUGAAUACCAGGUUUAGAUUUGAGUCCCACCCCCAAGAUAUCUCAUUUUGCAUAAGAAAACAUCACCAUGUCUUCAAAGUGUCUGAACUACACCCUGAUGGUCUCAAGCAUUUCAAGGAGUGAUACUCAACCUGUGGAACACCCUAAUGAUGUAAAGUUUAAUAUUUAUGUUUGAAAUUAUUUAUUGUGAUGUAAUAUUUUUGUACGUAAAAUGAUUUUAUUGUGACUGCCUGUGCAUGUCAGACCACUGCAUUUUACGUACUCUACAUUAUAUGUAGUAUGUGACAAAGUGACCCUUCAUUAUCACGGUACACUGUUGUUUACUUUUUACCUGAAAAUGUGUUUUACUGUUACAUUUUGAGAAUUGUAAUUAUUUUUUUUAACAACCUAGCUGUCAUCAAGGUGCUACGUGCGUUGAAUAAGGGUAUUUUUGGCAAUUGUGGGAAUGUUUCAUUAGCCAGUAAGUGAGUUAGCAACAUCACUGAUUGUACCAACUGUUAAUUAUCAUAUCUAUUCCAUUUCAUGUGAUCUCUGGGAGAAAUAUGCUGCCUUGGUGCUAAUAUUAUAUGUUUUUAAAGUAAUCUUCAGAGUAAAAAAAAAUAACACCUACUAAAAGGGAGUAACAGAUAGACAAUUCCCAAGGGAUAAGAUCACUUGUCUAGAAUAAGACCCACUAUUUACAUUUAUUUUUAGACCUGCCUCUUUUGGAUAGUAGCUAGACUCAUUUCUUCCUGCUGUUGUUGGUAAUAUGCUUUACUCUGGUCCAUGGUGCCUUGGACUCCUUCCAACCAUUGGGAGGGUCCACAAUAGCUUGAUUACAGAGUAACACUGGGAAAGGGAGGUUCAGCUGCUGUUUUGUCAAGAUAUCCUCAAAAACAUACAAGUUUACCAGCAUCAAGAUAAAAGGAUACACAGCAGGAUCAUAGCCUUAACACCCCUCAGCAUAUUUGUGGCCUUCAGCACCUCUGAGCAUACACGGAGAACGACAGGAGCAGAUUCUGAGCCGUGGAGAUCAACCACCUUUACAUGAAAACUUUGGCCAAUGAUAUGACUUCCCGUCAGGCUGUGAGCCUAAUACCCUGCCGGGUUUCCUGUGGUCUUCAGCAUUUGUGUGAAAAAUAAACUGAUCUUCCUCGAAUCCACCCUUGGUUACUUCUUUCAGAAACGGAAGUGCUGAAGCAGUGGUCACAAGACAUUCUGCUUGAGAAAGCCUGUCCAAGCUUUCCAAGACCAAAGAGAUUAGGAAAACCCUGACAGUAUUCUCCGACUUCACAGAACUACCAGAGCACGGUAUACUCAGUUUAUGAACAAGUGUCAUCCUCUAUUGUUAAUAUAUGGGAAACAUAUUACAAAUAAAUAUUGUGACCACAUCCAAACCAUA